AAGACAAAUGAAAAAGACUUAAACCACACAUUAAGGACAAGAAGGGGACAGUCUGUACAUCUGUCUUGGAAAAACGAAAGAAAGGAAAACAUAAUUGUUUUAGGACUGGUAGGAUAAUGAGCCUUCAUCACACGUCAACCGUGUUCCACGGUAUUCCUCCUAUACCCGAUCAGGCGACAGUGGUGAAAACAGGAUACCUCCUCAAGUCCCCCCCGUACUCCCUGUUGAGAAGAGAGACUUUCUGGAGAAGGCGUUUUUUUGUUCUGUACAAAUCAAAUGAACAAGACUACCGGCUCAAGUACUUCAACAGCGAGGAUCAGAAGGACAGGGCCCUGGGGGAAAUAGACCUGAAACAGUUAAGAGCGAUGCUAGUAAGCCCGGGCGGCCACCCCAGUUGGAGUUGGGUCCAGAAAAACGUCAACUGUAAUCCGUCCUGCGUUCUCUACAUCAACACUUCUGCCAGGGAAUACUUUCUGGUUGGCGCCAACAGCUCGGAUGUGAAUGACUGGCUCAUUGCUUUAUCCAAUCCCGGUUUUGCAGAGCAAAGUCUAUGUGAAGUUGUGGAUUUCAACACUGAAACUUUGAUGAAAAGCUCAUGGAAACUUCAGUCUGUGUCCGAGCCAGCAGCAUAUAAAGACGCCUCGUGGAUGGGUCAACUGCCACGACAAAGCUCGGAGCCUGUGGAUCCCAUCUAUGACUACCCCAAAGCCUACCGUGAUAAACAACUGGUUAAGGAGCCCUUGUACGUGGCCAUGGACGAAGUUGUGUCGGGGUGGACGGGCCAGCCGCUGGGUCUGUUCCGGGAGGGAGACCAGUUCCUAGCUCUGAACGACCUGCUCACCUGCAGCAUGGUGGAGUUUCAUGCCUACCUCAGCAGAUCCCUAAAAAAACAGGUCAAAGUGACCAUCUUGCGUCACCUGAAAGUCCCCAUCCACCGUCGCCACAGUUUACCUCACACUCUGUGA